AUGGCGGGGCUGCUGCGGCGGCCGUGGCUGUGGCCGUGGCUGUGGCUGGGGGCGUGGGCGUGGGGGUGGCGGGCGCUGCCCGAGGUGGUGUUCCGCUGCCCGCCGUGCAGCGCGGAGCGUCUGGCGGGCUGCGCGGCGGCGGCGGCGGCGGGGUCCGGGCCGGGCGUGGGCUGCGCGGAGGUGGUGCGGGCGGCGGGCUGCGGCUGCUGCGCGGAGUGCGCGCGGCUGGAGGCGGAGGCGUGCGGGGUGUACACGCCGCGCUGCGCCGCCGGCCUCCGCUGCUACCCGCCGCCCGGCGCCGAGCUGCCGCUGCAGGCGCUGGUGCGGGGAGAGGGCACCUGCGCCCCGCGCGACCCCCGCGACCGCGACCCCCGGCCCCCGCGCCCCGCGCCCACCGAUGAUGAACAUACUGAAGCAGCCCUUGCAGAGAAUCAUGUGGAUAAUGCUGCCAGCAUGGUACCCGGAAGUGGAGGGCGAAAAGUGAAAAAUGACAAGGAGUUGGCCGUAGCACGUGAGCGGGUAAAUGAGCAGCAAAAACAGAUGGGCAAACCUACCAAGCACCACCACCAUCCUGAGCUACGGCCACCCUCUCUCAGGACUCCCUGCCAGCAGGAAUUGGAUCAGGUCUUGGAACGCAUCUCAACCAUGCGACUGCCAGAUGAGCGUGGUCCGUUGGAGCACCUCUAUUCCCUGAAUAUCCCAAACUGCGACAAGCAAGGCCUGUACAAUCUCAAACAGUGUAAGAUGUCAGUGAAUGGCCAGCGAGGAGAAUGCUGGUGUGUUAAUCCCAACACCGGGGAAAAAAUUCAGGGAGCCCCUACCAUCCGAGGAGAUCCUGAAUGCCACCUCUUCUACACCGGGUAUGAGCAAGAAGACCGAGGAGCGCAUGUGAACUAGAUGGACAUGUUGCCACUCACUGGCAGGCAGCUUGCCCUAGCCCUAGUGCUGGAUUUUACAUGGGUUUUCAAUGCAUUUGUUUUGUUUUUUAAUUCCAAGAGAUUUUAGCUUUCUGUUGACUUCAUGUGCCUGUUGAUGGCUUGCACAACUGGCUGGCUAGGGAGGGACUGGCUUCUUGCCUUUGCUGUCAAAGAGCU